GCCAGCAGCCAGCCCACGCGCCGCCCGCAGGCAAACAGCCGUCCCACUCCCACCCUGCUCAGCUCCGGCGAUCGCCGGCGCUCUCUUUUUCUUCCUCCUUCCUCCAGUAGAUUCGACCAGAAUAUGGAAAGAGAACCCAUACCCACAACCGGAUCUGCAGCUUGCGAAGGAAACGCCGCGAAAAAUCAUUGCGGUAUGGGCGGUGGAUCGCACAUCACAGUGCGGCAGGGAGAUGUUCAGACAGUGCUCGAGAUGAGAUGAUCCGCCUGCAACAUAUCUGGUCCCCUGCACUUUGCGUCUGGAGCAUUAUGGGGAUCCUGGUAACUGGUUCUUUCCUGCAUCACCUUGCCAAAAAAUUCCGCAACCUGUUGGACGGAUCACCAUCAAUGGUAACCUGCUUUUUUUUUUGAUCUUCUAGUUGGCACCUGAAAGUGUCCAUGGGGAAAUAGUUCCCCGAUCUGUGCGUCUGGGAUGUUGACAACUGUUUUACUAGUGGCCAGCUUGAUUGAUUAAUUGAGGUGUGUUUGUUUGAUAGGUUAUCUGGUUGUGUGCAUGAACAAAUAAUUGAUUGUUCAUGGAUUUGGAACCCAAAGAAGAAGUGAUUGGACUGGCAAAGGUUCUUGCCCCACUUAAAAAAGAGCUAAUUAUUGGGUACUCAGUGCAAAGUUAGAUGACCGGGGUUAGUCUUAGUUCUUACUACUACUAGUAGUAGCUCUAAUUGCCUUGCUUUAUAAGAGAGUUGGUGCUUUUGGUGCCCUAGCUAGUCCUCACUAGUUUGGAAACCGGCAGUUUGGCAGUCACCUGUGAUGGAUGGAUGGAUGGAUUGAACCUUUCAUGUGAUGCAACAAAAAUAAUUGUUCUUAAAUGUUAUGAGACAUAUACAAUACUACUAGCUACUACAAAGUUUUUGUUGGAAUAUUUCAGUAUUUUUAUUUGGGAUGGUAAGCACGCUUCACAGAUGCAGGGCCUUUUUUACUGAAAGGGAUUUCAAAGCAUUUUUGGACGACUGUGAAUAUUAUUUUAUUUUUUCUAUGUGUUUUGUUUGAUUUGUAGAAUUAUAUGGUUGUUAAUAGGAAUUGUGGUAUCACAGUGAGACGGAAAGCAAAAAGAUCUGGUUACUGAUGCAGCGAUGUGCGUUGCAUAUGUCCCAUGCUCAAUUAUACACCAGCUUGUUGUUAGUGCCUAUUCUCUUGGACUGAACAAAUAAUUGAUCCAUAUACUUUUUUUUUCCAUAUGCAUGAGAGGAUGCAUGCCACAUACUCCCAUACUGUUGCAUCAUGUAGCAGAAGUAGCUAUGCCAGAACAUUAUAAUAUCACAAAGUGUACACACAGUGUAGAAUCGUAGCAUCUGCCCAUGUUCAAACCAAACCUUUUAAUAUGAUGCCUGUUGGUACUCGGUGUAUUUGGCGGCACUGAGAUUUAAGUUUGAACAAUAGCUAGGUCAAUAAAAUGUGAGUUAUAUGACACGACUGAAUAUAUUUUUGAGUAAGAUUCCUAGGAAUUCAGGUGGGGAUUCUCUCCCUCGGAAGAAUCCGAUGCUUACUGUACUUCACUGAAGAAAAAGACUGUAUGUGCAUCAGGGAAACUCUAUACAUUUGUAUCACGUUUUAACAAAUUAUCGGACAAUUGUACAAAUGGCCUGUUCUUGUGUGCUACUUCGAAACACAUGCUUUAUGGUACGUGCUGUUCUUUCUUUACUAGAGCAACACUGAAGUUAUGGCUCUGGGUUGGUUUAGAUCUGAUGGAUCAUUUACGCUGCAAGACGUACAGAAAACACACUUAUCCAGUUUAAGAUGGCGUUUUGUUGCUGGCAGUAUCACUUGUGCCAAGAAAGUGAUUAUCUAUCUUUUAAAGUGUACUCAUAAGAGAUACCGUUAACAACCUUUCGGUGAUUUCCGUGAAAUCAUAAAUAAAGUGAAGUAUAUUUUGCCUAUCCUUGCGUAUAUUACGGCUAACAUCUUGAAAGCUCAUUUUGUUUGGUCUCCAGUUUGAAGUUGAGUUCAUCCCGCUGGAAGAACCUUUCAUCACAACAUCCAUAAUGACAACCCCUUUUGAGAUUGCCGCCAAGGUCCAAGGAAAGCCCUAGAAAAUACUCCACCUAGCAAUGGAGACGGCCCCUUCCCUCCCCUUCUAUUCUCAUUAUCACCCCUGGUCAACAUGUGAGUCAUCUUCAGAUACCCUGAAAAGGAGCCGGAGAGAAUCAGAUCAUCAAUGGCUCCACCAAUCCAAGCCACCAGCACCAGCACUAGCCUGCCUGCCACACAUCUGCUAUACCACAUGUGCUAGAGAGAGAAAGAACGAUUGUGUGUAUUUUAUUUUGUGUCAUUUUUGUAUGUAUGAAGAGAGAUAAUUAAAAGCUUUUUUUUCUGUGCUUUGGUGAUAAAGGCAUCACCGUUUGGUUUGAAUGCAACUGGUCUUCCUCUCUCUGGGGUCCAGAUUCCCAGGUCACAGGCCAUGCCUGCUCCCCUCACCAGCAGCAGUUUCAUGUCCUCUUCUGGUCUAUCCACUGCAAGAUCUCCUCACCCUACAUGGCUUGUCCCAUUUGAGGCUCUAGGAUUUUACCCAAGGCUUUGCAGCACUAAUUGGAUUGGAUUAGUGUACUACUCAGUGGUUUAGCACUGUGGUUAUAGCUAAGCUUGGGGCACUGUAAAAUAAACAUGAACAGUGAGGGGUGGUCUCACUCCCAGAGCACAUAAAACAAGGGAUUAUGCAGUGAGAUGCUACUGUUCAAUGGGCCAACCAAAACUACUGUAAUAUAUGCCUUUCCAAGCACAGUUCCAAAUGAGAAUCACAGUUGCUUUGUUGCGUCUUGGGCUGUGCAUGGUCAAAACUCUGGCCAGCAGUACCACCAAAACUGUUUUCUUUUCCUAGAGCUCGUGCUCUUAUCUCGUUUUGAGAUCCCAGAAAACUUUUUAAAAACAAAAUCAUGAAUGUUUUUUUAUACAAUGGAGUUUUUAUCGAUUCCUAUCACCAUAUCACCGUGAUUAAAAAAGAUCAUGGAUGUAGUGUAUGCUAUUAAACUGCCAAACUGCAAACUGCAGAUUCUUUUGGUAUGUGAGACCGUGAGGACAAAAAUGACCAUGUUUAUAGGUGUUUCAAACAGAGUCCAAGAUUGAGCGGAUGGUUCAGAUCCUGGAAUUGGACGGACAGGAUGGUGCCUUGGGCAGAAGGGCAGCUUCGGCAUUGCUGCAUUUGGGCUCUCUACAGGGUUGGUGGUCAUCUCAAGAGAGGACCUUAAACUGAAGCUGUACUUUGCUUGGCAUCAAUGGGCCUCCCCCCCUUUCAUUUCCCCUCCUAGGACAAAGAUUGAGCAUACUUGUACCCAUCCAUUCAAUGGUGCUUGAGUGGGAAAGGUAGGCCAUUUUUCAAAUCCAGCUCCAGGACCAGGUCCUCCUGCCAUUUUUGGUUCUUCAAGGGUUGAAGCUUCAGCAGGCGAUUCUGAAGAGAGGGGGAAAACCCACCGCUUUGUUUUCUUCUGUGGCUGCAUUGGCAUUGGAUUCUUGAAGGAUAUCUUAUUAUAGAGAACAUGAGGAGCACCAGAUCACCAGGCUGCGGUUCCAAGCAAAGUUGCCAAGCUUUCUGAUUUGGUAGCCAUGGAGGAGGAGCAAAACGCUCCGAGCUUUCUUGAUGUGCCCAAGGAUAUCCCCGUCGCCACCAAGUCGCUCACCAUCAGGACCAAUGGCGGAGGAUACGGCAGCUGCUCCGACCGGUCCAACCCCAUCUCGCCGGCCAUCUCCAUCACGCCGCACCUCUACUCGCCGUCCCCGCCGUCCUCCGCCUUCGUGUCGGCGCUGCAGUCCCCCUACAUCUCGCCUCGAGUCCUCGAGCCGCCGGCCCCGCAGCCGCAGCCGCAUCCAGAAGAAGGCAAGCUCGGCAGCAGCGUCACCACCACGGCGGCGCCAUCGCCGACGUCCUACUCCAACGGGUCCCACUCCGAGGACACCGACGCGCCGAGCGCGUCCCGCACGCCGCCGUCGGAGCGGUACGACUCCAGCGGCAUCGACCCGGCGAAGAUUUCCGACGCGCCGCCGCGGGCGUCCUUCUCGUUCCCCGUGCCGCGGGUGUCCUUCACCCGGGGCUCCGUGGCGUCGCCGGCGUCCAACGCCAAGCUCCGGAGCUGCGACGUGUACAUCGGCUACCACAGUAGCGGCGGCAGCCUCGGCAGGUUCUGCAAGUGGCUCAAGUCGGAGCUGGAGCUGCAGGGCAUUGCCUCCUUCGUCGCCGACCGGGCCAAGUACUCCGACACGCAGAUCCAUGAGAUUGCCGACCGGAUUAUUUGCUCCGUGGCGUUCGGCGUUGUGGUGGUCACCAUGUCGAGCUUCCUCAAUCCGUUCAGUCUCGAGGAGAUCAGAUUCUUUGCUCAGAAGAAGAAUCUGAUCCCUAUACUGUUCGACACCGAGCCGUCGGAGAUUGCCGGGCUGUUUGAUGGUAAGUUGGAGGAUAAGGAAGGGAAGGAAGCGUUUGAAGGGCUAAUGCGGUGCCACGAGUUCAAGCUCGAGGCGAAUGAGAGCAAUUGGAGAAGCUGUGUGUUGAGGACAGUCGCUUUGCUGCGGUCAAAGCUUGGCCGGAAGAACAUUGCUGAGAAGGAAGGUGAGGUGUCUGAUGGCAUACCUUUCCCACGCAACAGGCAUUUUGUGGGAAGGGAGAAAGAGCUGAGUGAAAUCGAGGGAACAUUCUUUGGUUCCACGGUAGAUAUCCAGGAAGUGGACUGCUUAAGGGAUUCCAUUACGAAUGACAGAUCUAGCGGUGUGUCUGAUGGCUUUGCCGAUGAGGAGAGUGACACAGUGAGGACAUCUAAUGCUAGGUACAUCAGUUUGGAAAUGCGCAAAUGCAAGGAGCCGACAUUGGAGGCCUGGAUUGAUCCAGUGGUUGAGCUGUCGUCGGGUAAAGGUAGAUAUCUUCAGAAGCAGAGAUCAAAGCACAGGAGAUCAAGGUUCCGGUGCAACAGCAAGGGCUACAGUGGUGCCAGUGUGGUCUGCAUCAAUGGUUCUUCAGGUAUUGGCAAAACUGAACUGGCAUUGGAGUUUGCUUACCGGUAUUCACAGCGUUACAAGAUGGUGCUGUGGAUUGGAGGGGAAGCUCGGUACUUGAGGCAGAACAUACUUAAUUUAUCCAUGAGUUUGGGGUUGGAUAUCAGUGCUGAGGCUGAGAAGGAGAGGGGUAGGAUCAGGAGCUUUGAGGAGCAGGAGUUUGAUGCAUUCCAGAGGGUGAAGCGGGAGCUAUUCCGAGAUGUGCCCUACUUGCUUGUCAUUGACAACCUUGAGAGCGAGAGGGAUUGGUGGGAAGGUAAAGACCUCCAUGAUUUCAUCCCAAGGAACACUGGAGCGACAAAUGUCAUUGUGACAACAUGUUUGCCACGUGUGAUGAACCUUGAGCCGAUGCAGCUGCCGCAGCUCUCUUACAUUGAUGCGAUGAUCUUGAUGAAGGGUAAAACUAAGAAUGACUAUCCGCCUGAUGAAACGGAUGUGCUUAGGAAGUUGGACGAAAGGUUGGGUAGGCUGAGCUUUGGUCUGUGGGUCGUUGGUUCACUGCUUUCUGAGCUCAUGAUUGCUCCUUCAACUCUGUUUGAGGCUGUUGAGAGAAUAUCGUUGAACGAGAAUUUGUUCCCCCAUGAUGCCAAUGAUGACGGCUUCUGCCGUAACAAUUCCUUCCUAAUAAAGGUCCUGGUCUUUUGUUUUGCCUUGAUGGACCGCACAAAAGGAGGAAGCCUGACCUCAAAGAUGAUCAUUGCCGGUUCUUGGUUAGCUCCUGCUCCUGUGUCGUCUACGCUAUUGGCUGCAACAGCGAGCAAGCUACCAAUGAAAGGUAGCAUUCACCUGUUGGGUGAAUCCCUCAAGACUGCGUUUUUAUGUGGCACACAUUGCUUUCUAGCUCCUAAUGGUCGGAAGGCUGAGGUGGAGUCGGCACUCUUACUUGUGAAGCUUGGAUUGGCAAGAAAGGCAACUCGGAAUCCUGGUUGCUGGAUUCAAUUCCACCCGAUCACACAGCUCUUUGGCAAGAUCAGGGGAGGCUUGGCACCGACCUCUGCAGCAGUGAAUGGGGUAAUGAGGGCUGGGAACCCCUCAGUGUACUCAGACCAUCUGUGGGCUAGUGCAUUCCUUGUGUUUGGUUUCAAGUCUGAGCCACCUGUUGUUCAGCUUAAGCCGGUCGACAUGGUGCUCUUCAUAAGGAAGACUGCUCUUCCCCUGGCUAUUGAGUCCUUCAUGACUUUCUCACGGUGCAGCUCGGCUUUAGAGCUGCUCAAGGUGUGCACCAACAUCCUCGAGGAGGUGGAGAAAUCUUAUACGUCACGGAUGCAGGACUGGAACCGUGGAUCUUUAUCAUGGAGGAAGAAGCUGCAACCAAACCACCGUGUCGACGAGUUCAUCUGGCAGGAGGUGACGCUGCUCAAGGCGACAUUGCUUGAGACAAGGGCAAAGCUUCUGCUACGGGGUGGGCUGUUCGAUACUGGCGAAGAGUUGUGCAGGACCUCCAUUAGCAUCCGGACGGUCAUGCUUGGACAUGGUGACGCUCAGACAGUGGCUGCUCAGGAGACAUUGGCAAAGCUGGUCAGAUACAGGAGUAAGAUAUGAUAUGCGAAGAUCUUGUAAUGUGCAGUCCUUUGUUAGUGCCUUAUUAGAAGGGUGUCCUGAAAUUUUCAUGUCUCACGGUUUCUUAAGCUGUGAUGUGAUGCCUGCCACAGUUUUGUUAGUGGUCAGUACGAUAGCCAUGCUUAAUGAUGCCACAUGUAACCUGAGUUGUUGUGUACAGUACAGUUCAGUUGCUAUUUCAUAAAGCUUUUUAUUAUCUUCUUACUA